UUUUGCUUCCACUUUCUAAACAAUUUGGUUUUUCCUUCCUUCCAUUUGCUGAGUCUUUUUCCACUUUCCACACUUUCUAAUUUCGCGCUCAUGAGCUGCUUCCCCACCUUUAAUGUUUACCAAAAACUCACAAAACCUACAACACCACCUGUGGGCCAGAGAGACGAAUUGGCGAUUUGGUCAUCAUCCGGUAGCACAGCCUGCUCAUUAUUACAAAAGGAACUUUUAUAAAAGCAUUACACCCCGCCUAACCAUACAAAAUGUGGAUAAACCACUGGCAUUUUUGCGGAAAUUUACUCCAGAUGGUAGUAUGCUGUUGGCUUUUGCGUAUGAGCAACGUGCAUUGGAAGUAUAUCAGUACCAAGGUGUUGGCAGGGUUGCACACCUUUUGAGUUCCCAGAAAAGCGAAUGUAUAACGGCGGCGGAUCACUCUUUGGAUUCACUACAUAUACGGCAGCAAUUGUUCAAUGCCCUUUUUAAGAAGAAAUACACAAUCCAAUUGAUAAAUGCUUCGUGGUCCACGCGGCAUGUUUUGGAUCGAGAAUUUAGUAUAUUUCUUGAAAAUGGCCGUUAUGUACUGUUGGUGUCUGUGGCCGGUGGCGCUAUUCUUCCCAGUUAUCAAGCCUAUCAGGAAUAUCCUGAUCUAUUUGAUGAUGCCAAUUUGUAUGACUACACGUUUCAUUUGGUCGACUUACACAAGGGAUGUAUUUCUGACACGUUGCGUAUGGAACAUGAUUUCAUUGUGUUGUCCCACAAUCAUAGUGUCUCGGUAUAUGGACGUACGAUAGCUAUUUUAUCUACAUACCGACAAUGUAUAGAACUUUUGGAGCUGGAUAUGGAGGGGAAACUGCAACGUUUAUACACUGUGGGUCCAUAUGGCAGUAAUUUAGAUCGUGAUCAAAUAUUAGCCCAUCAACAAAUGACAACUUCCACACUGGAUCACACACACAGUGUACCGUUGUCACAUUUCAAGCAGAAAAUCUUGGCAUUUAUUUACAAUUGGGCUUUGGAGGCGCCGACGGAAUGUGAGCGCAAAGAGAAGCUAAAGUUUUUCUAUAAAAAUUUUGGAUUGGUCGAACGCAUGCUUAUAAUGAAAAUGCAGUUGAUCGAUAGUGAGCAUAUAUUGAUGCGUUAUGAAAAACGACAAUCUCAAAUGCCCUUGGAAAUGCUGGAAGGCACGGUGGAUUCUGUUACAAAGAAUUUUAAAUUGUAUGUCUUCUACAAUAUCACGGAGCAGAAGGUAUUAACAAUCUUUGGUCAAAAUUCUGUAAACAUGCUUUUAAUGUUGCGGAAUUUUUGUGACGAAUUUCGCAAUGUACGAUCUUUGUACUCUUGGCAUGCAUCAUCACCCAGUAAUAAUGUUUACUUUCGCGAAUCGUUUGACAACGAUUUGAAAUCAUUUCCCGGUGGCAUAAGAGAAGCAGCAGCUCGUGCUAAUCCCACGCUUCCCAUUAGUGCACAAAAUUUCUCAGCCAUCCCUUAUUUAGAUUACUCGCUCUUCAAUUAUGAUCAUCGUUUUAUAUCUGCACUAGAGAGACCUCGUCUAAUUGGCAUGGAACCAAUACGAUUUCGUGAUCGUAUUACCAAUAUACUUAAGUUCCGUGUCCAUUUGGAACAUUCCUCUGACACAUGGCAAGAGUAUGGAAUGGGAAAUAAUCCACGGGAUUUGGUAACAUUCAUAUUUCAUCCCUAUGAACCAUUCUUCAUAAGUAUACAGAAGUUUAUAUCACGUUAUGUAUUAAAUUUCCAUAUUUACAAUACCAAUACAAAAGUUGAACCGUAAAUCGAUAAAUGUAGUCAUAAGAGCACAAAAUUGAAGCAGGAACUAGAAGUUAACAACCAAUUUAUUUUUUAAAGUAUUUACAUAAUGCCUGUGUUAUGAGUUGAAAACUCGCAUUUUUAAAUAAAAGUGUGAAAAUGUUGCUAGUAUAUUUAUAUUGGAUUUGAUCGAGGGUUUGUUGAACAGAAAGAAGGUCCAAUUUUAAUAUAAGGAGUUUUUGAUUGUAUCUUGAUCUUUGACAUUUUUUUCUACUUAUAACACUACUAUCAUGGACGAUGUGAAAAGAUAUACUCUUAUUCUAUAUUUUUAUAUACAAUAUGAUCUGCAGGUCUUCAAUUGAUAAGAAAACAUUAUCAAUAAUAAUAAAGCAAUUUUCGUAUUUUCAUUAAAA